GUUUUUGUUAUUGCCUUUGCUCAAUGAAAACAUAAAACCCAAUAUCAAGUGCAAAAGAGAACAAAAACAACCUUAAAGGGCUAAGAAAUUACUUAAUUGUUCCAUAUAUUGUUAGUAAAAGUUCUUGAAAAUUUCAUACAGAAUGUUUGGGUGCAAUCCUUUGGAUUACGAUUUGAAAGUGGAAUUAUCACGAUGCUUUAAUGGUAUUGGAACUGUUUACCUAGCACAAUAUUUACCCAAUGGACAACAUAUCGCAGUAAAAAAAUAUCGAAUGGAUAAAGCAAGUAAAGAAGAGAGCAUCUUAGCGCGUGAUGAACUGCUUAUCAUGCGUCAGUUCAGUCAUCCUAACAUACAUACAUUCCAUACAUCGUUUGUAUAUGGAAAUGAGCUCUUUCAGAUAGCACCCUUGAUGUGCUUUGGCAGCUGCAAGGACACCAUUGCUAAUUGUUUUCGGGCGGGUUUUCCUGAAAUUUUUGUGGCUUUGAUAAUGCGUGAUGUACUCUCCGGGCUCGAGUACCUACAUCGUCGUGGUUAUGUUCAUCGCUCUAUUCGUGCCAGCCAUAUAUUACUCAAUCAAACAAAAGCGGUGUUAACCGGUUUCCGUGAAUGUACCAGCAUUGUAGGGCAUGGUGAACGCAUUGCAUCUUUACAUCACUUAGCACCUUGCAGUGCACGUAGUUUAAAUUGGCUAGCACCAGAAGUGCUAGAACAAAACAUAAUUGGCUACACAGAAAAAUCGGAUAUUUACUCAAUUGGUAUAACGUGCUGUGAACUAGCGAAUGGCGUAGAACCGUUUGCUGAUGCACAACCAACCUUUAUGUUAACUGAGAAAGUACGCGGCAAUGUGCCGACUUUAUUAGAUCGCUCUACAUGUCCUGCAAGCGAAGAAAUGAUAGAAAUCGUCGCCAGUACUGAUUCAGACUCUAUUAGGCAGGCACAGCAAAUAUACAGUCAACGUGUAUUCUCUGAUGAGUUCCAUCAAUUUACAGAAAUUUGUAUGGAGAAAAAACCGUCCAGUCGUUGGUCGGCAUUACAGCUCCUCAGUCAUUCCUUUUUCAAACAAUGUCGGCACACAAGCAUUCUAGAUCAAUUGCAACGCUUCGGUUUAGAGACAAAGGACUAUUCACAGAUAAGAGACGAAAGCUUGGUACUUUGCACCGACUUGAGUGAGAUGAAUGUACACAGCAAUGAUUGGAGCUGGGAUUUUUAAUCUACCAUAAAUGAAUUACUGGAAUUAUAAUAGUCAAACCAUACCAACAAACACGUUUAUACAUGUACAAACAUAUAUAUAUUUAUAUAUAUAUACAUAUAUACAUACGAUUUUAUACGUACAAUUAUAUAGUUAUAAUUUUAGUCUGUAUUUUUUAAUUCCAUGUUAAAUUUAGAAUUCAAGUGUUUGUACUUACUCAAUGCCUCCAAUAGAGAAUUUUAAAGACUAUCAAAUAAAGCAGUUUGCAAAUUCAUUAUAAGGGAUUUAGGCAAAAGAAUUUUCAUUUUGAAAAUCAGUUUUACUUUGUUCUACUUAGUUGUCCAAAAAGGUGGAUUUAGUGCGGUGAACCCACGAUAGACGGGUUUACGCAAUCGGAACGGUAGUGUCAUGUACUUUAAACUAGACAGCUUUCUUAAAAAUCAUUUGGAAUGUUUUCUGCCGUUACAACAACAUCGGAACAAAUUAAAUAAGAAACAUGUAGUGAUCGUUGGAAGUGUAAUAGUUCACACCGACAAUUACCGUUAAAUAAAACAUGGGAAAUUGUAUUUAAAAUGUUUCUUUUAUUUAAAUUAAAUAUUAUGCACUUUUAAUUCUUAAAUGCUUAUUCAAUAUUAAUAUUAAGGUUUAACAAUUUUUUAUUAUUAAUACAAUUGUUGAUUGUGUAAAACAAAAUCAUAAAACUAGAGAAGCAGAUUGUGGCUUUAAUUUUGAAAAUUGCACUAUUUGCAUCACUUGCUUUUGUUUUAUUUACAAAUUCCAAGCACUUGUGGAAUAUUACAUUUUAUCAUUCCGCUUAAGACAUGUCUUCAGCUCAAAUAUACUUAUAUUUAACAAAAUGUAAA